CCGCCCUGCAGCCGAGCCGCCCGGGAGCCGAGCCGCCCUGCCACCCGAGCCGCCCUGUCGCCGAGCCGCCCAGGAGCCGAGCCGCCCUGCCCCCGAGCUGCCCUACCGCCGAGCCGCCCGGGAGCCGAGCCGCCCUGCACCCGAGCCGCCAGACGACCUGCAGCUGUUCUUACAGUGCGACAGGGCUGACGACCUUUCUCUCUUUGACCUCACCUCUGGCGCCUCUCCUGCUCCUGCUGCUGAUGCUGAUCCCGCUGUCCGCUCUAAGUGGGCCACCCGCGAUGCUGCUGCACGUCUUGCUGUGCGUCGCCACCUCCCUACCUCUGAGCUGGGUGCUCUCCUUCCCCCUUGCUGCCCUCUGUUGCCUCUGCUGCUGCUGCCGACCUGCUUGGUCUUGAGUCGGUCGGCGCGGCGUCUGCCCCUAGUGGGAGACGUCGCUCUGGCAAGGGCAAGGGGGGCAAGGGCGCGGGUGGAGCUGGAGGGGGCGGGUGGCGGGGUGGCGGCGGGUGGCGGCGGAGGGAGUGGGGGUGGCGGCGGGGCUAGUGGCGGGGGUGGUGGUGGUGGUGGCGGCAAGCAGCGGCGGAGACGGUGGUGGUGGUGCCAGCGGUGGUGGUGGAUGGCAGCGGCGGAGGUGGAGGCGGCGGAGGUGGAGGCAGUGGAGGCGGCAGCGGAGGAGGGCAGUAGUGGUGGAGGAGGUGGAGCUGGUCGGGGUGGUACCCAGCAGCGUAGCGGCGGUGGUGGUGGCCAGCGCUCGCACCGGCAGCAGCAGCAGCGCUCGCGGGACAUCCCUUCGCCUCAGCAGCUUCGUGAGUGGUACGCUGGGCGUCAGAGGGGUGGGGGUACUGGUCCCUGCACCUACCCCGACCCGGGCAUUGGUACUGCUGCGCUAGGUGCUUGUGAGGCUGCUGCUCUAGGUGCCAGUGCGUCUGCGCUCUCAGGUACUGGUGAGACUGCGCUCUCAGGCCGGUUGCCGGUCUCCCUUGCUGACCCCUCUGGGGGUCCUGUCCUGUCUCACUUCUCCACUGUCCUCCCGUGUCCGGCUGCCCCUUCGGGCACCCUGUCUGGUCUGUACCUUCCCUCGUUCUCUACGAACUUGGUGAGUGGAGCGGACCUGCAGGAUGGGGGUGUUCACCAGUUCACUCCUACGCGUCAGAGGGUGACCCACUGCACGGAGGCUCGCACAGGCCGACACCUGGCCACGUGGCUGCGUCGGGUCAGGACCUUCCUGUGUCCCCUGUGUCGAGGGUCGCCUCCGGGCUACUCCUCACUCCUCCCACUUCCCCCCGACAGAGGCUCCCCUGCAGACGCUUCACAUGGAUGUGUGGGGCCCAGCCCCGUUCGUGGGCAGGGUUACGAGCGCUACUUCCUGUUGGUGGUUGACGACUACUCGCGUUACACCACAGUCCUCCCCUUGCGCAGCAAGGGUGCGGUCACUGAGGUGCUGAUCGACUGGAUCCGCGAGGCUCGUCUCCAGCUCAGGAAGAGCUUCGGCUCGGACUUUCCUGUUCUGCGUCUGCACUCUGACAGAGGCGGAGAGUUCUCUUCUCGCCUUCUGCGAGACUACUUGUCGUGCACGGGGGAAUCCGCCAGACCUUCACGCUUCCGGACUCACCACAGCAAAAUGGGAUUGCUGAGCGCCGCAUUGGCAUGGUCAUGGAUGUCGCUCGGUGGCAGUUUUUACCACCCCUCCUCUCGUCGUGUUCUGUCCUCCCAGGACGUCACGUUCGACGAGUCAGUCCCCUUCUACCGUCUCUUCCCCUACCGCACCCCUUCCCUCCCCCCUCCCCCGGACUUCCUUGUGCCGGUUCCCCUCCCGGUAGACCCCCUCCCCCCUCAGGUUCCUGCCCCCUCAGGUGUGUCCCAGGUAGACGCCGUUGACCCGGUCGAGGUUACUGGUGACUCUGGUGCUGCUGCGGGUGCUGAGCCUGGGGGUGCUGACUCUGGGGGUGCUGUGCGCGGGGGUGCUGAGCCUGGGGGUGCUACUGCUGGGGGUGCUGGGCCUGAGGGUGCUACUGCGGAGGGUGCGGAGCCUGGGGGUGCUGAGCCGGGGGGUGCUGUGCCUGGAGGUGCUGGGUCUGGGGGUGCUGGGUCGGGAGCUGCUGAGCCUGCGGGUGCUGAGCUGGGAGCUGCUGAGCCUGGGGGUGCUGCGUCUGGAGCUGCUGAGCCUGGGGUUUCUCCUGCUGCUGCGUCUCGCCGGGAGCCCCUCUCUCCACAGGAGCUGCGCGAGUGGUUCGCUCGCCGCUGGAGGCGUGCUGCUGAGUCUGGAGGUCCUCCUGGAGCUGGAGCUGCUGAGGGCGUUUGUGCUGAGCCUGCUGCUGUUGGUCCUGCCGCUGGAGGUGUGGGUGGCGCUGGUGCUGUCGCUGAGGGUGCUGGUGCUGUCCCUGCUGAGUCUGGAGCUGCCGCGCGGCCUCGGCCGUACUUCGUUCCGCUCCUUCAGCAGGUUCUUGGUCUUUCUCCUCCAGUAGAGGGUCCACCGCCUGUCGAGUCGCAGCCCCUACUGGAGCCUUCCUCUCCGCUGCCUGCUCCCUCUCCUUACACUGGUCCUACUGGAGGUCUUGCUGAGCGUCGUGAGCCUGCGUCUCGUCCCGCGUCGCCUGUUCGUGCUGCUCGCGCUAGUGGUCGCAGUUCGCGUCAGCGUCCUCCUCCUGUCCCUGGCACGCACCGGAUGUCUUUACGUCCGUCCACUGCUCCUCUGCGUGCCCCUUUGCCUUCUCCUCCUGAGUCCUCUCUUCCUGCGCUUGCGGACCCUGAGUCGGACUCUCUUCGUGCUGCCAGUCCCACUGUCACGCGUCUGCUUGCUACUGUCGUCACUGACCCCUCUUUUGAGUCCACUGCUGCGUCUGCUCUAGUCGCUGAGCUCGUCGACUUUGCUGCUCGCUGUCGUCUCGACUACGCUGCUAGUCUUGUUGCUGAGUCUGCGUCUGUCUGUCCUCCGUCCGUCGGGGGUGAGUGUGCUCUUGGCACAGACGUCCUAGAGGACAGGCAGGAGGAGUUACAGU